CGACUAAUACCCCAAAUAAUCUCCAACAAAAGACAGUGAUGAUGAAUAAUAACACAUCAUCAUCGUCUCCUCCAAACACACCACCUGCAACUCCAUAUUCACUAACCGAAACCCUAACCCUAAUCCUCUCCAAUACCACUAAUAAUCCCACCACCUCUUCAAUCUCCCAAUUCAUCCCUUAUCUAACCCCAACAGUCAUCCACUCAAUCAUCCAAUCCAAAACCCUCAAAUCACACCCCCAAAUUCUUCUUCAUUUCUUCAAUUUCUCCCUAAUUCACGCCCCAAGUUUCUCCAUCGGAUCUCCCACCACUCUCCCCUCCUUCUUCACCCUCCUCCAAACACUAUUCGCCCACAACAAAUACUCCGAUGCCAAAACUCUCCUCGUCGAUUUCAUCGCCGCCGACACGCGCCGCCUUCUCCUCCGCCGCAUCCUCCACCCCGCCCGUGACAUGCCACGUCAUUCCAAAGCUCUCUACGACACUGCAAUUGGUGCUUAUGUGCAAACAGGAAACCCUAGUUUUGCUAUGAUUGUGUUUAGAAGGAUGAAAAGGCUCAGAAUUUGCCCUAAGUUGAUUACCUGCAACACUUUGAUUAAUUCACUGGUAAAACACUCAUCUUCUCACUCACUUUUGUAUUCUAGACAAGUGGUUAAUGAUGCUAUUAAGCUAGGAGUUGUUCCUAAUGUUAAUAUGUUUAAUAUUAUCAUAAAUGGUUAUUGUUUAGAGAAUAAGUUUAGUGAAGCUAGGGGCUUCAUUCAUAAAAUGAGGGACUUUGAUUGUGUGCCUGAUAAUGUUACUUACAACACUUUGUUAAACGCUUUGUGUAAGAAGGGGCGGUUGGGUGAAGUUAGGGAAGUUUUGUUGGAAAUGAAGGGUUACGGGUUGUUUCCGAAUCGGAACACUUAUAAUACUUUGAUUCACGGGUAUUGUAUGCGGAAAGGGUGCUUGAAUGAAGCGACUCGUGUGCUUGAACUAAUGACGGAAAGUAAUUACUUGCCGGAUGUUUGGACUUACAACACGUUGAUUAGCGGGCUUUGUGACGAGGGGGAUGUUGACGAAGCGGUUAGAGUUGUUGGGAAGAUGGAGAAGUUGAAGUUGUUGCCUGAUGUGGUUACGUAUAACACGUUGAUUGACGGAUGUUUUAAGUGGAAAGAUGGUUCUGAGGCGGUUAAGAUUCUUGAUCUGAUGAGUGAAAGAGGGGUUGAUAGGAAUGAGGUUACGUAUAAUAUAUUGGUUAAGUGGUAUUGUAAAGAAGGGGAUAUGGAUACAGCUAGCCAAACGGUUGAGCAUAUGGAGGGUAGUGGAUUUGUUCCCGAUAGUGUGACCUAUAAUACUUUGAUUAAUGGUUAUUGCAAAGCGGGUGAUUUAAGAGAAGCGUUAAAGAUUAUGAAAGAUAUGAUCGGGAGAGGUUUGAAGAUGGAUGCUUUUACUGUUAAUACUGUUCUGCACACGUUAUGUGUAGAGAAGAAGCUAGAUGAAGCGUAUAGAUUAGUUCAAGAUUGUAAAAACCGAGGUUAUAUCAUUGAUGAAGUAAGCUAUGGAACGUUAAUAGUCGCGUAUUUUAAGAACGGGAAUGCUGAUGACGCGUUAAAACUUUGGGAUGAAAUGAAAGAAAGAGAGAUUGUUCCCAGUAUUAUUACUUAUAACUCGAUUAUUGGAGGGCUGUGCAAGUCAGGUAAAACCGAUCAAGCGAUUAUGAAGUUGAAUGAGCUUCUAGAAAACGGGUUAUCACCCGACGAAACAACGUACAAUACAGUUAUUCUCGGGUAUUGUUGGGAGGGAGAUGUUGAAAAAGCGUUUCAGUUUCAUAACGACAUGGUUAAGAACGAUUUCAAACCCGAUAUUUAUACAUGUAACAUUCUUCUUCAAGGGCUUUGUAGUAAAGGGUUGGUGGAGAAGGCGUUUACUCUGUUCAACACGUGGGUUUCGAACGGGAAAAACGUCGACGCAGUAACCUACAACACGCUGGUAUCGUGUUUGUGUAAAGUUGGGAGAUUUGAAGAUGCAAUGGGCCUCGUUACUGAAAUGAAGAAGAAGAACUUAGGGCCCGAUAAAUAUACGUAUAAUGCGGUUCUUGGUGUGCUUACAGAUGGCGGAAAGCAUCAAGAGGCGGAGGAUCUGAUGUCAAAGAUGAUCGAAUGGGGGGAUGUGUUUGACGAUGCGAAUGCGUUAGGAGUUAAAGAGGAAAUAGAUGCAAGUUCAGGGGCUUAUUCGGAAAAUAUUGACAAGCUUUGCAGUGAAGGUAAAUAUAGGGAUGCGAUGAGAGUUUUUGUAGAAGUAUCAGAGACGGGUAUGGCUGUGAAGAAGUCUACUUGUAUCAAUUUGAUGUGUGCACUUGUUAAGAGAGAAAUAAGUAGGUCGAAUGUUGUUUGACUGCAAAAAGUCAACGGAUGUAUUAUCAUAAAAAUAAGAGUAAAUUUCACUUUUUGUCCUUUAUGUUUACACUGAAUUUUGAAACGUGCCCUUUAAAAGUUUUAGUUUCAAUUUAUGUCCUUAAAUCACAUAUUUUAUAUCACUUUAAGUCCUUUACACUAAACUGAGUUAAAUUACUCAGUUAGUUUUAUUUAAUGCAAGGGUAUUAUUGGUAUUUCAUAUUAGUUAUUUUGUUUUUAAAAAUAAAUAAAAACAAUUAAAGGUGGGCCCAGCAGACCACACUCACCUAACACCUUUUCUCCUUCCACCAUCUUCCACACACAUCUGAAACCGAUAGGGGAGAGACGGCGAAGAUAGGUGUCGGAGAGAGAGAGAGAGAGAUAGGCGACGAUUUUCCGGCAAACAACGGCAGCUGUGAUGUCUCCGGUAAGAACAACCGCCCUUUCUUUUUUUGAUUUCCGAUCUGUAAACUUGUUUCGUAAAAGUCUUCCCUCACGAUUUUCCAGCAAACAGUGAAUUGACGAAUGGAUAGUGAAUGAUAGGGUUAGGGUUAGGGUUUGGAAUGAGUUGAUUUGGGGGAGAAGAGGCGAAGGUGUAGAAGAGGAGAAUAAGGCAGUUAACGGAGAUGAUGAAUAGGAGCAAUGGAGAUCUGGUUAAUGGUGUUUUGAAAUUAGGGUUCAUUGAGGAAGAUGAUCAGUAUUGUCUUGCAGUAGUAGUUUGCCCAUCAAAGUGGAACAAAUGUUCAAGUCGAUCUUAUGAUUCUGAUAAUGUGAUUUACUUGGUAGGUUAUUACAAAGGCUAGUACCUGAGGAGAAACAACUGUCUUUUACUCCGAAUAAUGUCAAAUACGGUGGGCCUAUUCAUAAUACUGAAAACAAGGAGAAUAAAUUUAGAAACCUUAAGUUCCAUUUAUCAAACCAGAAAGAAACGAGUAAAUCCGUUUUUAGGCCGGCUAAAUGGCAACAUAUUGGCGAUGGACGAUCGGAUCGAAUAAUGGAGACUCAUCAAGUGAUAGUGAUACAGAACAAAGCCUUACUGCAUAUUAUGCUGGUGCAAUCACACUUGCAAAUUCACCAGAGGAAAUAACACGACGUGAAAGUCGUUCAAAGCGUUUUGAAAAGAAUCAUGGCAACCGAGCAGCAUCUAAUCUUGCAAAAACCAAAAACGCGGGUAGAAAUUUGUAUACUAGAAGUGCAAAUGCCUCUGUUGGCAAAUAGUAACCGUUUCGAUGAGGGUACCGCCAGCAGGGCAGUUGAAGAUAUCGAUUGGGAUUCUCUUACUGUUAAAGGAACGUGCCAAGAAAUUGAGAAGCGUUGCGCCUCACUUCUGCCCCCGAUCCUACUACUGUAAGCCUUUUGCCUACCAGGAAGAGAAAAGGGGUAACGGGUUGAAUUCUACUGAUAAUUCUGGCGAAUGGUUGAAGGCUCAUGGUGCAUGUCUUGCUACUGAUAAUUCUGGCGAGAUGAUGCCUGAUGCCAAGGCUUCCAUGGCUUCUCUAUUCAUGCCAGAGCCCGAUGAUGCGGUGGCCCAUGGGGAUGCCAGUCUUGCUAUUAAUGAUUUUUUGACCCGUAUCAUAGCCCGUUUUGUAGUAAUAAUAAUCACCCACAAGAAAUCUGUAACAAAAACUGGGUGAGCUAAUCUACACAUGGGGGCAUGGUUUCGAUAAAAAAGUGUAUGAUGAUGAUGAAAGAAAUAUUUUUGUGAGUUUACAAGUUGAUUUCUUAUAAUGUUGGGCAUUGAGUAGGUCAUGGGUCUUAGUUCAGAAGUGAUAGAUAUAUUUGGGUAUUAUAAGAUAUGUUCUAAAUUUGACUCUAGUUUUAUUUCUUAAACAAAAUCAUUUAGAAAAAUGACCAACACGAUUGAAUUUACCCCCAAUGAAAGUUUCAAGUUAAAACAAUUUUGAUGUUUUUGAACAUGGAAUUUAUGCGGAGCUAAAGACUCAUCAGCAUUGAGUUUGUGUGUAUACAACCACGUUACAUGGGGUCUAGAGACGAGAAUCCACGUCUCAUUUUUAAUAAGAGCAUUGUAUUUAUCCUGCGUAGUGGUGUGCCAAUGUGGAUUAUGCGUAAGGGGCUAGCGAGUAGAGGAUGUGGUGACAUGAAGGUUAAUCUUAUCAAUUGUUGUUGGGUUGGAGUGCCCAAAAGGUGAACAAGGGUGGUUAUCAUGGCUAAGGGUAGUGAUGACUGACUGGCGAGAGAUCGAUCGGUUGGGGAUGGGGAAGGAUCUGCCACCUCGAAUUCGGAUGAUGGAGGGUUGGUUUAGAUUUAAUUCAUGUGCCAAGUGGCUCAUCUCAGGCUUUGUUUCCCCAUCAUAUGAGAAAUAAAAUGAACCACCUGCGAAGAAACUGAAGUUUCUGUAACAAUUUCUAGACAAGGGUGGUUUCAUAAGUUUACUGCAAGAAUUGCAACAGGAGUAAAUGAUAUGGUUCCAGAGGCUUCUGUCAAGUGUUUCCAGAGAAAGCUUGUCAUUGCGAGUUGGGCCAGGUGUUGCCUUAUUAGAGGCUUUAGCCUGCAGGGAACAGACGCAAUAGCAUUGUUAUUAAACACGUACCUUCUUUGAACAAGAGGUCUCGCCACUUGUUGCUUAUCUUUUGCAGUGGGAAAAGCUGUGGUGAAGUUAGGGUUCGCCAGUGCAUCUUUAGGCACACGGCUUCAUCUUCCCAACUGUUGAUGCAUGUUAUGUGACAACAGCUUCGAUUAUGGUCUUUGGAUAUAUCGUCAAAACUUGGAUAAUAUUGAAGACUUAGAUUCCGAGGUUAACAAAGAGGAGAUCCAGAAUUAUACACAUAUUAAAAAUCAAACGCAUUGAACAGUAACGCAGGGCAUUUUAGGGUUUUAAUACCCUUUCAAUUUUCACCUCCUGCUAUCUUUCCUUCAUCUCACACAUGCAAUAGAGAGAGAUAGAUGUUGGUGCAGGGAGGACUCCACUGCCUGAGAAAGAUGCAAACGACGGCCGGAGGAGAGAGAUCGGAGGACCCCACCGCCUUAGAGCGAGAGAAAGAUGCAAACGACAGCCGGAGGAGAGAGAUCGGAGAAGAGAAGGAAGGAAGACAAACGACGGCCGGAGGAGAGAGAUCGGAGGAGAGACGACGGGGUUUAAACGUUUUUAGCGUUACAAGUGUACAGUGAGGUGGUGAUCUGAGCAACAAGUGUACAGUGAGGUGGUGAUCUGAGCAACGAGUGUGAGACCUGGCGAAGGGGAUUUGGUUCAACACGGCGGCGAGGACAGUGGGGAUUAGUGUUCCGAUGACUCUGUUGGUACUCCGACGAGCACCCCCAUGCUUGAAUGUCAGUUUUCCAGUCAAAAUAGAAACAACCAUGGUUAGAUACACACCUCCAGUGAGCCUGGGUUGCGACGGUCAACCCUCCGACGAAGCACAUGCAAAGUUCAGCCAUGCACAUGCCGUCCUUGACCCUAAAUCAAUCUCCUGAAUUAGACGAACACUAACUAGAUCGAUAUUCAGUAUCGUCUUCAUCACAACUCAGCGUUCAGUUCACCUUUGAUGAAGCCUGCGAAAAUAGGUUCAGUAUGUUGUCUACGGGUUGCGCUAAGCGGUCCUGAAUUGUUUUUGGUUUUGAUUGUUUGGCAAUGUAUAUUUGAUUGGAAAGUCGAACAGAUGAAAGCUGGGAAAAAUGUUUUGCCAUAUGUGACAAAGAUUUGGGUGUCUCUUUUGGUUGGUAAAAUUGUUUGGUUGUUUAAAACAUUGCUGGUGAAAGUGUCAUUCAACCAGUAUGUGAUUGGGACACUUACGGGAUCACCGUUUAUUGAGCCUUAACAAGAACGCGAAGAGGAGGAUAGAGCGAUUGAAGAGGUUCAUAAGCUACAGAACGCGGGGGCAAUUUCCAGCCCGAUCUGAAGGCGAAUAUAUUCAAGAAAAGUGGAAGGUUUAUUUGUUGGUACUCCAAGAACCAACACCAGCACUCCCAUGGCUGGUACAACUGGUAAAUUUUCCAAAUCUAAAGAAAGCCGAUGAGGGGAUAACUAUUGAGAUCACAAACGAAAAGCAGGCAAAAGUUGCAGCCAAGCAAAUAUUCCUGAAUGUUGCUAAACAUGGUUCCAGCUUAUGUUGAAGGUUUAACUGGGGAUUGUUCUUGCAAGUACUGAUAAGAAGAUGAAGAUGAGGACCAUGACAACUGAAUGUAUGCAGGGUUGUUUUGCCUAAGAUGAAGAUGACGACCACGAGAACUGAAUGUGUGCAGAGCUGCUUAGCCUAAGAAGAAGUACCUAAAAGCACGCCUCGACAACAACAAAAUUUAAUUGGUUCAUUAUAGAAUCUUUGGUUAUGAUAGUAACAACUCAUGAAGGGGUGCUAGAAGAAUUGGCCGAUAAAGGUUAAUUGCUCACGGUACAUAUUUCAUUGAUUACAAAAACUUAUCUUAUGAUUUAAAUCUUAAAUUUAUAGUACCAACAACACGAACCAACUGUUAAAUCAGGAUCAGUUGAAAUGGACACACUUUCUUUGCAAAACAGGUUAGUUCCCCGCCGCAACGCGCGGGUGGGAACAACCUAGUUUAUAACAAAGAGUAGUUUCCGAAUUUGCUAAUCAACAAGAAUCCCGAGUUUGAGACUU